AAUCUUCACAGUUUCUGCUUCAAUUCUACUAAAAACACAGUAACAAAUUCAUAUUACUCAUUUUAUAAUGGACAGUUUUCCCUUGUUGCCAUUUUCAAGCAAUACAAAUUGGUCAAAUGUAUGCAAAUUUAUCAAAGUCAUAAUAAAAUGUACAACAAGGUAUGAAAAACUUCUGUUUUUUCUAGGCGUAGUAUUUUCAAUAUUAACUGGUAUGUGUCAACCGUUUGAAAGCUAUACACUUGGAGAAACUUCUCAAGUACUGGUUAAAGUUACAAAUGCUAUUAACAAUAAGACUAUAGACCCUGUCGAUCUUGCGCAUGCUUACAAACUUUUUGAAAGUGAUAUGAAUCGCGUUGUGCUUUUAUUUUUCCUUGUUGGCUUUGCAUAUUUCACUUUUGGAUUUCUUCAGUUUUCCAUCAUGAAAUUUGUUGGUGACAAUACCGCAUACAAUGUUAGAAGGCAGUACAUAUCUCGAUUGCUGAGAAAAGAUAUUUCGUAUUUUGAUGGUAUGUCUACAGGGCACUUGUCAAUUGUUCUUAAUGAUAACAUGGAACGAUUUCGCGAAGUUUUCAAUGAAAAAAUUGCACUUAUAAUUGCUCUUCUAACCGAUUUUGUGAUUGGAACUAUUUUGGCAUUCUACACAGAUUGGCGACUUGCUUGCUACGGAACUGUGUUUUCGUUUGGAAUUGUUUUAUCCGGUCUGUUGGACUCUUGGGGCAAAAUGAAAAAUAACGAGAAACAAAAUGAGCAUAUUUCAAAUGCAGGUUCAAUUGCGUUUCAAGCUUUAGGUUGUUAUAAAACAGUAUCCUCUCUAAAUGGACAGCAGCAAGAAGUUGAACGGUAUACCGAAGAAUUAAAGAAUGGCGAAAAAUAUGCAUUGAAUCGUGCUUUUGUAUUUUCUCUUUCGAGAAGUGCAGAUUACUUUUUUACCAAUGCUCUCAAUUUUGUGAUUCUUUAUUUUGGUGCGAAUAUGAUAUACGAAGGAACAAUAGAACCUGGGGUAGUCGUCCGAAUCUUGUAUUACAUUCUCUUUGGUUCUUAUUGUCUAGGUGAAGCAAUUCUUCAUAUUUCGCGACUUGCAAGUGCAAUACCUUUAACUGUACCAAUUGCAGAUAUUUUGCUCGAUAGUGAUGCCACGGCUGAUGAAUUCUUCAGUGAAGAAAUCAAAGACACAUUUCAAGGAAUUAUUUCUUUCAAAAAUGUGCUAUUCUCAUAUCCAACUCGUCCUGAUGUACCAGUGCUAAAAGAAAUAUCAUUCAAUGUUCAAGGUGGAGAGUGUAUUGCUUUGGUUGGUGCUAGUGGAAGUGGGAAAAGCACAGUAAUACAGUUACUCUUACAUUACUAUAAUAUUGAUUCCGGUAGAAUUUCAAUUGACGGAAACGAUAUAUACAACAUUAAUAUCAAGCAGCUCAGACAAGCAAUGGGAGUUGUAUUUCAAGAACCCGUGCUUUUUAAUACAAGCAUCGAAGAAAACAUUAGAUUCGGAAAACCUGAUGCUACUGAACAGGAAAUCAUUGAUGCGUUGAAAAAUGCGAAUGCUUUUGAUUUUGUUUGCAACUUCCCAGAUGGAAUCAAAACGAUUGUUGGUGAGAGAGGAGCUCAACUUUCGGGUGGCCAGAAACAAAGAAUCGCAAUUGCAAGAACAUUGGUAAGAAAUCCAAGAAUCUUACUACUCGAUGAAGCAACUAGUGCCUUGGAUAAUGAAAGUGAAUUCAUAGUACAAGAAGCACUUCAAAAAGCUUCAAUUGGAAGAACCACAAUUGUUGUUGCCCACAGAUUGUCCACAAUAAGAAAUGCAAAUAAAAUUAUAGUCAUGGAAAAGGGAGAAAUCGUUGAAGUUGGAGAUCACAAACAGUUGAUUGCCAUGAAUGGUGUUUACAACAAUCUUGUGCAAACACAACUUAUGAGCACAAACUAUGAGAAAAUGAAUGAAAAUGAGGAAAGAGUGACAAGACAAUCGUCCCAUUCUGAUUUUCCGUCAAAUGAAAUUUCCCAUCAGAAGAUUGAUCAAGAAGAUGAUUAUGUGAAAAAAUUGAUAGCCGAAAUAAAAGAAGAAGGAGCUAAAAAAUCAAAUAUUUGUGAAAUCAUUAAAUACUGUCGUUCGGAAUACUGCAUUCUUUUUAUAGCAGUGUUAGGAAGUGCUAUUCAGGGAAUAUAUUACCCACUUUCUUCACAACUCAUGAUUAAGUCUUAUGAGGCAUAUGCAUUCGAUAAAGAUGAAAUGUUAAGCAAAAGUCAUUUUUGGGCACUUUCAAUUUUGUUUUUGGCCUUUACUCGCCCAAUUUUCAUCUUCUUUCAAUAUUAUUUCUUCGGUAAAACAGCAGAAAAACUAUCUAUCAAACUUCGAAGCAUGUCAUUCAAACAUUUAAUGUCUCUUCCUUGUGCAUUUUACGACGAUCCGUGUCAUACUGCUACGAGACUAUCCAAUAGAUUAAAUGCAGAUUCUUCAAAUGUCACUGCUGCAGUGGACGAUCGCCUUGGUAGUGUUAUUAUGACUCUAGUAGCUAUUCUACUUGCAGUUAUCAUGUCAUUUUUCUACAGUUGGAAAAUGUCAUUACAAGUUCUCAUGUUUUGCCCAUUACUUUAUCUAGCCGGAUAUUGCAAUGACAAUUUUGUUGAUCAAGCUGUGGAGGAGGAUUCAAUUGCUUUUGAAAAAAGUAACAGGGCUGCGAUUGAGGCAUUGGAAAACGUCAGAACUGUUCGAGCACUUAACAUGGAAAACAGAGUGAUUUUACUUGUUACUUCUCAUUUACAAAAAAUUCGUAAUUCUUAUUUCAAACGAGCUGUAAUUCAGGGAACUGCGAAUGGUUUUGCAUGCAGUUGCUACUUCUUUAUUUACGCCGUUUCGUUCAAAUUCGGAACUUGGCUUGUCUUACGUGAAGAAAUUCUACCAAUGGACACUUACCUAGUGCUCAUGACGUUAUCAAUGACUGCAAGCUACGCUGGUUCCGCAGUUGCAUAUCUUCCAGAUCAUCGAAAAGCAAUCCAUGCAGCCGGAUUAAUAUUCCAUUUAUUUACCUAUCCUGCAAUUAUGCCCUACGAUUCAUCACAAGGAAAGCGAAAUAUUAAAAAUGGGGAAAUUGAAUUAAAAAAUGUUUCAUUUGAAUAUGCUCAGCGCUCAGACAAAAUGAUUUUGGAUGGUGUUAGCUUAAAACUUCCAGCAGGCAGAACAUUGGCUCUUGUGGGACCCAGUGGUAGUGGUAAAUCUACUAUAAUAUCUUUAUUGGAAAGAUUUUAUCAUGCUGUAGAUGGAGAAGUCAAAAUUGAUGAGGAAAAUGUGGUUGACGUCAAUUUGCACCAUCUUCGCGAAAGUGUAUCUUUAGUUUCACAAGAACCCGUAUUAUUCAACUGCUCAAUUAAAGAAAACUUCUUGUUUGGAAUUUCUCACAAUGCAUCUCAAUUAGAAAUUGAUCAGGCAUUAAAAGUUGCAAACGCUUUUAGUUUUGUAAGCCAGUUCCCACAGGGUCUGGACACACUUGUUGGUGAACGUGGAGCUCAGUUAUCCGGUGGUCAAAAACAAAGGAUUGCGAUUGCUCGAGCAAUCCUGAGAAAUCCAAAAGUUCUUCUAUUGGAUGAAGCGACGAGUGCUCUGGACAGUGACAGUGAAAAAGUAGUUCAAAAUGCUCUUGACACUGCAAGUGAGAGACUAUCCACUGUUGUUGUUGCACAUCGGCUAUCAACAGUAGUCAAUGCAGAUUCCAUUGCUGUUCUGAAAAACGGAAAAGUUGCAGAACAAGGAACACAUGAAGAACUAUUAAGGAAAAGAAGUAUAUACUGGAGACUUGUACAGAAACAAGGAAUUCAAGUGGAAACUCUAAUAGAAUAAUUAUACAGUUUCAUUUUAUUUCUUAUUUACUUUGUUUUCUAAAAUAAAAACACAUUGUACAAUGUUUUUAAAUUUUACAAAUUUGCAUUGCUUUUUUUAAAAUUGCGGUGCAAAACACUUUUGUUAAGGAAUCAGAUCUAAUUGAAAUUAAAUUUGCCAGAAUUG